GGGGACUAAAUGGGGAUGGUGGGGGUGGGGUACUGUCUAGUGUCAGCCUAGGGAGUAGGCAGGUACACAUUGUGUCCAGCUUGGGGGCAAGGGGCAGGACCUUCUCAACUACCAUUUUUCUAAAAUUUGGGCAAGAUUCUUUUAGUUACUGACGUCAGAGACUAACUUUAACCCAGGUUAAGCUUUAAGAGACAAUUAUUAGCUCAUAUAAUUGAAAUAUCUGAGGGGCUGGAUUUCAGGCCUGGCAUGAUCCAGGUACUUAAAUGGUAUCAGGUUACUGGCUCUUUAUCUGUCAGCUCCGUUUCAUUUUCACGCAAGAUUCUGUACUUAGAGGGGAGGGUGGCCCUUGGCAGUCAAUCCUUUGUAAGUGUGCUCUUAAAAAAAAAAGAAAAAGCUUUCCGCGUCCCUCACUGUGGGCGUUGGGACAGAGCGGCGCAGUCCGCUCAGAGGGUUCUAGGCCAGCUGCUUCAUCACGGACCCCACCGCCGCCGACCCCACUCCUCAUUGAAGAGGAGAUGGAGAGCCAGAACAGCGCCAUUGCCGCCCGCGUGUGCAGGUCCUGCAUUUGUUUCGACUGCAAGAGGCAGAGUGACCCCAACUUCAGGAACAGGCUGCGAGAACAAAGAAAGAAACAGAAGCUUGCCAAGGAGAGAGCUGCACUUUCCAAGUUACCUGACCUUAAAGAUGCUGAAGCCAUUCAGAAAUUCUUCCUCAAAGAAAUACAGCUUAGUAAAGAGUUACUAGCUCAAGGCGAAUAUGAGAAGGGUGUGGACCAUCUGACAAACGCAGUUGCUGUGUGUGGACAUCCACAGCAGUUACUGCAAGUGUUGCAGCAAACUCUUCCACCACCAGUGUUCCAGUUGCUUCUGACUAAGCUCCCAACAACUAGAGAAUUGUUAAGUGCUCAGAGCUUGCCCGAAGAUGAUGUGGAAUGAGAAACAAAUGUCAGCAUAAUCAUCUCAAUUAAAAAAUAUUUUUAAAAUCUUUUUUAAAAAAAAAGAAGAGGAGAGAGACUUCUUGGUCAAUACCCACAUCAGUCUCCAAAAAUUGACCCUGCUGUCGAGUGUCCACUCCUGUUCCAAUUAGUGCUUCCUGAGGGGUGACAUUCUCUGCCCGGCAGCUUGACUUCUCUUGUCGUCCCUAUGAGGGGAGGCAGGCCCCUUGAUUUACACCCUAACAGCCCCAUAGCGUGAGGAACU